GCUUUUCACGCCACUCGGUCGGUGCGGAGUCAGCGGUCAGCUCACGGCAACGUCAUCAGGCCCAGGCCAGCGCAUAAGUGAAAGGAAGUAAACGAGAAAGUGUGAGCAGCAAAAAAAAAACAAAGAAUAAAGUGUUUUACAAAACCUGCAAAACGAAUUUUAUAACAAAAGCAUCACCGCCCAGUCACUAGCGAGAGAGAGAGAGGAAACAGUGUGCAGUACAGUGUGUGUCUGUGUGUGUGAGAGAGAGAGAGCAGGGCUUUGAGCCCUCCCCGAGUGUCCUUCCAGGCGUCGUGCGGCGCGGCGCCACGUUCGCGACCAACCGAGCCAGCGAGCAGAUGAAAAAACACUGAUAAUUGCCCUAAUUUAUAGCUGUUCAAACAUUGACCGGUAAACAGGAGACGGUCCGGACGUCCGAGUGUUGGACGUCGUUGGCUGGUUUGUGUUGGCUUCGCUGCCGCCCACAUUGCCUGCCUUGAUAGCGAACUCGGUGCUCGGUGAGGCAAAGAAACACCGAUCGCUACCCGUGAGUUCAAUGAAUCGAUUUGCACCUAGAAGCAACUGAUCCGGCGUCUCCGGUUGUCCACCUCGAGCGACCUAUCGAUCGCGAAACAAAAGAAGUCAAUCACAAACCAACAACAACAACCGCCAAUCAACCGCCCUCCCCUUGCCAGUAGGAAACAGGAAACACCGUUUAACCUAACCAUACCCGGGGUGUCGCGGACGGUGGCCAUUGCGGACGUGCAGACUGCACUCUCCAGAAUGAGCAGACCUCGGCGCGGUGCGUUGGCGCUACUCCUGGUGCUGCUAGUUAGCAGUGCCAUGGCGGCGCCUCAAACGCCAACGAGCAGCGACGAACCAAGCACCAGCAGCAGCAGCAGCAACACCGGAGGAGUACCGGAGGAGCAGGACAAUGCUGAAGCACUGUUGUUGACGACUAUCGUCGCUCCCUCUUCCGACGGAGCGCCGGCGUCGACGAAGGCGCCAACAGACUCCGCUGACGUCGUCGUGGAUGGUGGCGUGUCAUCGUCAUCACCGCAGCCGGCUACCAUCGAAAACAGUCAACCACCAGAUGUGUCAUCGUCGCCAUCAUCGCCAUCAUCAUCAUCAUCGUCACCGUCAGAAGACGUGUCAUCUACGCUGUCUACGGGACUACCUUCCGCUUCGCUGAUACCACCACUAAUCGCCCAAGCGCCCCUAAUGGCGUCAAGAACAAUUGUCUCUAGUGGCCAAACACCCGCCACCACCCAAAGUGGCACCACACCGGCACCACCACCAGCAACCUCCGUAGACACGCAGACGGAAGCAGCGUCGGUAACGGUUGAAGAGGCCGCUAACCCGGCGCCAACCAAGGAAGAGUCAACGGAGGUGCCAAGCACCGAGCCGGAUACUGCGACCACUGCAGCACCAGCAGCAACAGCAGCAACAGCAGCAAAUGCAUCUCCUGCCGCUACUGCUGCUGCUACUACUGUCGGAUCUUCCGCUGCCCCGGACGGUGACCUAGCGGAGGAUAAGAAGCCGGCUGGCGACCUGGAACCGGAGAGUGAAACGCCGGUCUUUAGCUUCGGCAUACGGCUGUUCACGGUGGAGGUCGUCACGGGGACGGAGCGCGCGAGUGACGAACAAAUCGAGCCAACCAACGGAACUCAGGCGGAAAACUUAACUCACGAAGGUGUUGUACCGAACGCACCGGAGAGCACUCCGCUGCAUCGGAACCCGGACGGCCAGGACACGGUGGACACCACAAGCCCUCCGCCGUCAAGUGUUGCCGGUGACGACGUGGAGUUGAAGGUGUCUGAGGCUGGCGAUGGCGCCAGCGGUCAAGAGUCGUCGGCAACGAUCAACACGCAAGUAGCGGAGCAGGAGGAGGUUGUCCCGGUUCCCCAGGACGCGAAUCCACUGCUGGAAGAGGUGGAAAAGGAUGAUGCCCACCAGGGCGAUGCGUUCUCCAACGAGAUUCACGUCGAGCGCAAUCUGAAGAAUGGUCUAUAUCGCAUCAAGAUAGCGGAAAUCACGACCGAUGAGUUCGACAAUGGAUUGCGUGAGAAUGAUAACGAAAACAUGCUGCUGACCGAUUCGAUGGGUGGCAGGAUGCACCUUCUGGCGGCACAACAACAGCAACCACCACCACCACUGCACAAGUCCAUCUAUCCGAGCAAGAUCAAUAUCGAUGACUUUUAUCCCUCCAAGAUGGAAGAUUUUAAGGGCCAAGGUCAGCAGCAGCAACAGCAACAGCAGGAGCAAGAGCCAGCACUGGAUAACAGUCUGCAAGAGAGCGAAGCGGAGAAACUGCAACGAGAGAAGGAACUACUGCGCAACGAUGACAGCGAGAAGCUGUUCGAAUCGACCAUCAUGAAACCGUCCGAUAUGCUGCCGGUACUGACGGUGACCGAGCUGGACGUGAAGGCAUUGGCCGAUGGAAUGGACAAACCGUUCAACGUUGGCACGGUGACAAGCGCCAGCAGUAGCAGCAGCAGUCCAGUUAGUCCGGCCAGCAGCA